GGUGGCGCAGCAGCGGCGGCGGCGGCAGCGGCGGCUGUGGGUAAAGGCGCGGUGUGCGGCCCCCGUGCGCGCCAACCCUGCCCUCGCCGGAGCCCGCGGCGGCCCAGCGCACGGCCCUCACCCCGCACCGCGACCCCGCACCCUGCCGGCCGAGCAUGGGCGCACGCGCCUCAGGCGGGCCCCUGGCCCGGGCCGGGCUCCUGCUGCUGCUGCUGCUGCUGCUGCUGCUGCUCGGGCUGCUGGCCCCGGGCGCGCAGGGGGCGCGGGGCCGCGGCGGCGUGGAGAAGAACAGCUACCGCCGCACGGUCAACACCUUCUCCCAGAGCGUCAGCAGCCUCUUCGGCGAGGACAACGUGCGCGCCGCUCAGAAGUUCUUGGCCAGGCUGACCGAGAGGUUCGUAUUGGGAGUGGAUAUGUUCGUGGAGACACUGUGGAAAGUCUGGACCGAGAUCUUGGAUGUUCUUGGACUUGAUGUCUCCAACCUGUCCCAGUAUUUCAGCCCAGCCUCAGUGUCCAGCAGCCCGGCCCGCGCGCUCCUGCUUGUCGGCGUCGUCCUCCUGGCCUACUGGUUCUUGUCCCUGACCCUGGGCUUCACCUUCAGCGUCCUGCACGUGGUGUUCGGCCGCUUCUUCUGGAUCGUGCGGGUCGUCCUGUUUUCCAUGUCCUGCGUGUACAUCCUGCACAAGUACGAGGGCGAGCCGGAGAACGCGGUGCUGCCGCUGUGCUUCGUGGUGGCCAUCUACUUCAUGACCGGGCCCAUGGGCUUCUACUGGCGAAGCAGCCCCAGCAGCCCCAGCAACCCCAGCAACCCCAGCAUGGAGGAGAAGCUGGAGCACCUGGAGAAGCAGGUCAGACUGCUCAACAUCCGUCUCAACCGGGUCCUCGAGAGCCUGGACCGCUCCAAGGACAAGUGAAGGUCAGCCGGCCGGGCGGGUCCACAGUUACCAGCACGCUGUCUCAGAAAACGAAAACGGAGGAAAAAACCCCCAAACCCCAAACAAUCUUAAUAAACACGACUGAGCAAGAAAGUGGCACUGUGUAAGGCUAUUUCCACCCACCCGGCAGCUCUUAGGACACAUUCCCAGAAGAGCGGAAAGAUCAUUGACGUGGAACUACACACGAAGUGUCAUUAGUGGGGAAAAAAAUAUUUUUUAAACAAAGGAUAUAACCAUAUUUAGUUGUACAGUAAGAGAAAUUUAUCUGUGCAUAGAGCAUAAAGUUAAUUUUUUCAAGCAUUUAAAUACAUCUUUUGUAAGGUUUUUUAAUAAAGGCAGAUUGAGUCAA